AUGCUUGCAAGUGCCGUGCAAGAAGGACGAAGAGACGCGCCAGCCUCCCACGGGAAUCAGAACCCCCCACACACACAUCGGGACACAUCCCAUCUCUUCCCCAGGACACCCUUGGGAGAGGCACAGAGUUACCAGCAGCCAGCAGCCACGCAGCCUGUUCACACCGCGCUAGUAGAAAAAGUGGUGCUCCUAUUUUUUGCAAGGCCGGCGGUGUUGGUCACAAAAGCUGCUGGCCUCUCGGAGGACAGGAGCGCUAGUCCUGACAGGCAAUGUCUCCUGGCUGGAUUGUGCCCUGCAAGCAAGGACACAGAAGGCAUGUAUGAUAUUGGAAUGGAAGCAGCGUGGACUGCCGUGUUUGAAACAGCGCAAAAUUUUGCUGAUGUUUUCAUCUCCGAGUUCGUCCCGGCCGGUUUACACGCGGCAGGAAAAAACUACCCCUUUGUAAUGGGGGCUCGCCCCGGCAGUGCCCGCUCCUGCCUUGCCUUGUCCAUACGCCGUCCGUCCGCCGGCGCUGCGAGCCCUCCUCCUCUGCCUCUUCUCCUCGCUGCGAUCCUUUAUCCAGCAUUGCCAUCCAGUGGCACCGACGACAAACGACAGCGCAGUUUGCGGAUGGGAGCGGGGACCUUCUGCACUUCAAGCGCUCUAUCCGGCGGGGAUGAGGCUUGGCAGGCUAGCCCGCACUCGGGCAGCAGCCUGGUGGCUGGAUGGAACAAGCCCGUCAUUUACUGCCAGCCGGCUAUAUUGCCUUUUUGCUGUUUGAGUCUCAGUGUUUCACUUCCAUUUGUUUUCUAUGCUGUUAAUUUGCAAGCACAAAAACCUCUUUGGAGGCUGAACUUCUCAGCAAGCUUGAUUUCAGCAGAAGCCUGUAAAGCACUUGUUGAGGACAAGGUGUCCUUCUGAAGGAAAAUACCAUUCAGAGAGCCCAGCUGCACAGAAUACGUCACACAGAAGCACCGCAUCACCUGCGCCCUCGCAGCCGAGGAAGCUGCCUGCACCCUUGCCUACCUCAUGACAUUGCACAAAGACUUUGAGAUCUUCAAGCUUUUCUUCAGGGAGCUGUUCAUGCUCCAGAAUGUCCACUGCGUUCAUGUGGACAUCAUUAAGGAGCCAUUUCCCUUCCAGCAGGCAGCGCAAUUUCUCAGCACCUCCCUGGUUUCCUGGGCAAAGAGGGUGAUCUAGGGCAGCACCUCCCACCUGUGGGCUGACCUCCACUGCCUGAGAGACCUGUUGGCCUUGGCUGUGCCCUGCUGUUACCUACUCAACACCUGUGGUCAGCACCUCUCCUUGAAGCACAACAGGGAGAUCAUGCAGCUGCUGAAGGGCCUUGGGGGCAAGGACACCGCACCCAGGGUGCUGCCACCUCCCCACGUCACCACAUGCACCAAAUAUGUGCACAGGGAGCAAUUCUACUCUUUCUUUUCUUUCGUGCUGUGGACAUUUGUGUGCAAAUGUCCUCUGACCAUCUGUUUUGGCUCUGUGUCCAUGGCCAUCACCUGGCUCUUUGUGGGGCUCCUGCUGCAGGACCAGCAUGUUCUCCAUCUGCUGGCAUGGCCUGAGGACACCAACAGCCCUAAGGGGCACUUCUGGGUGAUGCCCUGCAGGAUCCCAGGUGAGCACAAUUUAUUCUACUUGUUUCUUCUGUAG